UGACACUUGUGAGGGUGAGGUUAUGACUAAUAUUUUGAGUUUCCAAACUAGAAAAAUAUACCCAGAAAAACAACAACAAAUGUGAAAAAUCAUGUCCAAGUCCCAUUUUGCGAUCUAUUUGGUGCAGUUGUUGCUCGUUGUCGGCCCCAGCGAUGCGGACCGAAUCAAAGACACCAUGUACAUGAAAAUCAGCGGCUCAGUGGCCUGCUAUCGGCGAAUGAACGCCACCCAUCAAAUCGGCUGCUCGUCUGCAAGAGGCGGCUCGGUGGGCGUAGUCCAUUACUGUGACAGCGCCGCAGAUCUGGACUUCAUUCUGAAGAAUGGCUCUGCAGGCCCGUACAUUCCAGUUCUGCCCAUAUCUCUGCUUAGCGCGGAGACUGUGAGCAAGCUCAGCUCUAGCAAGGUGAAGAUUUCUGGGUUGCUUCUGCACGCCAACAGCGAGAAUCUGCUGCAAAUGUCGCACGAGGAUCAAUGCCCGAACGAUAUCUUCAACGUGCAGCAAGCGCCGAAGACCUGCCCUGACAGCGGCGGCUGGAACCCUUGGGGCACGGGGUUGUUGUACGCAGACGUUCCAUUUCCGAUGUUCUACAUGCACAACGACAGCGAAGUCACGGCGAUUCGGCAUUGCUUCCAGGCGUUCAACAAUCACUCCUUUGCCACCCAAGCAGCGCGAUCGUUGUGCUCGCUGGAGUUGAACGCGUUCAUGUAUGGCACCACCAACACGCAGACCUGCAUACGGAGAUCCAACGUUGUCACCAAUCUGAACCCGGUGAAGUUUUGCGAUCCUCUGGGCGACAGCAACGUGUGGGGCGCCCUUUUCCCACUGGUAACUGGCGAGGAAAACGACAGUCAACCGAUCAGGGACGCAAAGUACAUUGUAGUCGCCGCUCGGCUGGACACGACGUCGCUUUUUGAAGAAACCGCCGGCGCCGAAAGCCCUAUAACCGGCGCAGUGGCGCUGCUUACCGUCGCCAAGCUGCUGAAGGAGAUGCUGCCCACUGCAGCAGCAAGCGUGAAAAGUAACGUGCUGUUCAUAUUGUUCAACGGCGAGACGUACGACUAUAUCGGCUCGCAGCGCCUUCUCUAUGACAUGGAGCGCGGACACUUCCCCACUGAUUUGCCCCCAAACAACCCCAUCCUGCCGACCAUUUACCCGGAGAAUGUUACGUUGUUCAUCGAGCUGUCGCAGCUGGGAGUGGGAGAGGCCACCUACGCUCAUUACUUGUCGGCAGACGCUUGGCUGGACAAGUUUGCGGCCAAUCUCACGAGAAACAAUCCCUCGACUGUGGUGCCUUUGAAGCCCACGCCCGACAGCCUUCCCCCAUCCUCUCUGCACACGUUCAUCAGGGGCAACACCUCGAUCCGGGGCCUGGUGCUGGCCAAUCACCAGACGGCCUAUCAGAAUCGCUUCUAUAACUCUUUGUUUGACAAUUCGUCCAACAUCGGCUAUCGCUACUACAACGGCAGUGAAAUAGGGGCGGGGACUCUGCAGCGGCAUAUUGCUGACGUGGCCACCAUGGUGGCGAAGAGCGUGUUUGAGGAGGUCACUGGGCAGGCCUAUCAGGGAGGAGCUUCGCCCAGUCUGCUAUUG